AUGAAUAAACAAGGAAUUCCGUUUCUGUCGUUCACUCCCUUUGAAGAAUCGCUCAAUAAAAAAAAAAGGAAACGAGAACAACCAAAAGAAAUUGUGUUUGAUGAAACUGCGCGAAAAGAAUUUCUAACUGGUUUUCACAAACGAAAACUGGAACGUCGUGCCAAAGCGCAAGAAUACGCUAAACAGCAGGCAAAAAGGGAGCACGUGCAAGCUGUUAAAGAGCAACGAGAAGCACGCCAAAAAGAAGUAAAAGAACGGCUAGAAAAACUUCAAGCGAUAAUUGAUGAAACUUAUGGAAUGAGAAAAGAAAGUGGAAAUGAAGAUGGAGAAGAUAAAUUCAAUAAUAAUUCAGAAGAUAUUACUGAUGAUGAUAUAGAAGAAGAAAGAACAAAUAAUAAAAAAAUAAUAAAAUUAAACACUCAACAACUAUCUGACACGAAAGAAUAUAAGACUCGUGAUACCUUGACGACAGUCACAAUUGUUGAGGACUUUGAGAUAUCAAAUAUUAAUUACAACGAUAACAACACUGAUAUUAAUCAUAGAAAUAAACAUAAUGCCACUAAUAUUGAGAAAUCUAAAAAGUCUAAUAAAAAGUUUACAAAAAAGAAAAUAAGAGGAUAA